AUCUAUCUUGGUGAAUCGCAGGAUGGCGGGGAAAACGGUGGUUUUGCAGAAAAUUCGCGCGUUUAUGAAAGAUCCACGGCAUGUUUCUGAAGCCUUGCAAGCGUACAUCAUUCCUUCUACUGAUGCCCACAUGAGCGAAUACCUUGCUGAUCAUGAUACCAGACGACACUUCGUGACUGGAUUCACGGGUUCUGCCGGAACUGCAUGCAUAACCGAAGACAGUGCUUUAUUAUGGACUGACAGCAGGUAUUAUUUGCAAGCGGAGGCUGAAAUUAACAAGGAUCUGUGGACCCUGAUGAAGGACGGUUUACCGAAAACACCGCCCUUGUCUACUUGGCUGUGCAAAAAUCUUCCACCGAAUUCAAGAAUCGGCGUAGAUCCAACUUACAUAUCGUCGACUGUUUGGAAUGAAUUGACAAAAAAGAUGAUUGUUGCGGGCCAUUCUCUCACCCCGGUAGCUACCAACUUCGUGGACUUGGUCUGGGAUCACCAACCGAGCGCUCCCUCAAAUCCUAUAAAGGUCUUGCCGAAGGAAUUUUCGGGAAAGCCGUGGAAGGAGAAGAUUGUUGCUGUUCAGAAGAAACUCGACGAAGCUGGAACUGAUGUGAUCGUCGUUACUGAGCUUGAUCAAAUUGCGUGGCUGUUCAAUCUUCGAGGAAGUGAUAUCACCUACAAUCCAGUAUUCUUUGCGUAUGCAGCGGUUACGGCCGAAUCUGCGCAUUUGUUCGUCGAUCCGGAUCGUGUGACACCCGAAAUUCGGCAGCAUUUAACUGUUGUGGGACGCGAAUGUUCUGCCCCCGUUUUCCUACAUCCUUAUGAAUCUGUAGAGCACAAGAAAAAGGUAUUGGUCCCGAAUCAGUCAAGUGCUGCCUUCAUGCUGAUGGUGCCGAAAGAACUUCGAGUUCAGGUGGAAUCACCGAUAGCGGAACUGAAAGCUGUUAAGAAUUCCACUGAAAGUUCGGGAAUGCGGAAUUGUCACGUGAGGGACGGUGCUGCGGUAGUUCGGUUCUUUGCCUGGCUGGAAAACGAGCUGGAAAACGGGCGUGAAGUGACGGAAAUUUCUGCUGCAGAAAAAUUGGCGGGAUUUCGAAAGGAGAUGCAGUUUUUUGUUGAUUUGAGUUUUGACACGAUAUCCGGCGUUGGGGAACAUUGCGCCAUUCCACACUACCGGUCGACCGAUGAGUCGAAUGUUCCCGUCUCAAAGAAUUUAAUGUACCUGUGCGAUUCGGGUGCUCAAUAUUUAGACGGAACUACAGACAUCACUAGAACGGUUCAUUUUGGGAAUCCGACUCCGUUCGAGAAGGAGGCGUUCACGCGUGUGUUGAAGGGACACAUAGGUUUGGCGUCUAUCGUCUUUCCGAGUAAAACGAAGGGAGUGGCUUUGGAUGGCUUUGCUCGGCAAUCUUUGUGGUCAGUUGGCUUGGAUUACGGACACGGAACUGGUCACGGAGUUGGUGCCUACUUGAAUGUUCACGAAGGUCCUUCUCUAAUUUCUCAACGGCACAAACCAUCGGAUCCAGGGCUGGUACCUGGAAUGUUCUUCUCAAAUGAACCCGGCUACUAUGAAGAUGGAAAAUUCGGUAUCAGGAUAGAGAACGUGGUUGAAGUCGUGAAGGUGAAAACGCCGCACAAUUUCCAAGAAAAGGAUUUCCUUGGAUUUGAAACCGUGUCUUACGCCCCAAUUCAUAUUGGGUUGAUCGACCGCUCGUUGAUGACCAAGGAAGAGAUUCAGUGGCUGAACAAUUAUCACAGGGAUUGCCGACAACAAUUGACCCCAGUUCUCCAAAGCAUUGGCGAUGAAAUGGCGCUGAAAUGGCUGGAGAAAGAAACGCGUGUUCUUUGAAUGAUCUUAUCAACUCUUCGUUGGUUUUCAAGGGAAGCAAUGGUCGAACAUUUGGGUUUCUCCCGUAUUUUUCGUGAUUCCUGCGUCGUGAGCAGCAGUGAUUUAUUGAUACAUGAUGGUGCGAACAUGACCCUUGGGGAUGGAAUUA